CUCUCCUCCCGAUGAGACAUGUGAUGACAUUUGUGAACUGAGCCAUUUGAGUUGAAGCAACCCGCGUUGAUAUAGAAAAGAGAGAAAGACACACACACACACACACACACACUCAUUUAGCCUCUUUGAGAAGAAGAGAGGUUGGCAUGGAGGGAAAGCUUCAAGCCCACAUCCAGGUGAAACAGGACAAUGAAUUCCAACCUCAACUUCCUUUCAACACGCAGAUCAAACCAAAGACAGUCUGGGACAUGGUCUGGUCUAGGCCUGGUUCAGCUACAGAGGGCGUGCUCUCGGCCUCUAGAGGAUGGCUGCGUCUCUUCUUGCUGCUGAAGCUGGUGACGGUGCUGUUGUUCCCCCACACAGCAGGCCUUCCCCUGCUGGUGGGCUGUGUGUUCAGCCUGCGGGCCCUGUUGAUGCUGGGCUCCCCUCACAUCUCCACCAAGCCCUCCACGGUGCUCCUGGGCCGGCUGGCUCUCACAGACAGCCUUGUGUUACUGCACUGGAUGCUUCUGCCGGGGGCGCCACUCGUCUGGUUGAUGGAGGAGGCGGGCUGUGAAACGAAGACGGGCCCCAUAGAGGAGGGGGAAUCAGUUUGGUGGAAUAAGGCUGUGAGCAUGCUCUGUCUGCAGCUGCUUGAUGCUCACCACCUGGCCUCUCUGCUCCUGCUGGGGCUGCUGGGACUGGAGGCCACGUUGGUGUCACGCUGGCCUCAGCAGACGCGCAGAUUCAGGACUUCUCACUGGGCUCAGCUCAGCUGCAGCCUGGUCUGGACACUUGUGCUGCUUGAACUGUUGUACUUGCUGCACUCACAACUUUUGCAAAAGUCCAGGCCUCAGACGUAUUUCACAACGCUACAAAUCUCUCAAAGUUCACCUCUCGGUCUCCCCUCCCUUCCAGGGUUCUCCUCGUGCCUGAGAAGGACUUUGUGGCUGGUGAAUUUAUGGCUGCAUUAUGCUGUCUUUCAUAGCAGAUCAAAGAAAACUAAGAGCUUCUUUCAUUAAGAGUUAUUGCUGUUCUAUUUUAUUUAUAUAGUAAAACUAUUGUAAGAUGUCUUUAUAUGGGUCAUAAAUCUAGACUGUCUAACUUGAACUGAACUACUGCAAACCCCCCUUUCUAAAACAGUACACAAGUACAGGACACCAUAAGAAACCAGACCAACGGAAGCUGUAGUAGUGUAUCGCAUAGAGAAAAGGGGCUUUUUGAACUUUACUUUUCAUUUGUAAAAAGAUGAAGACCAUUCCAGGAAAGGCAUAGAUAUUGUGAAAUGUGCCUGCAUGAGGUGAAGGUGAAGUGUUUCUCU